AUUAGGGUUGUGGGACAUGGAUCAACAGUGUGUCGGGCUGUUGCUGGGAGCUCCGGCCAAUCAAAGCCCCUGCCACCUCCUUGCAAGUAGUCUGUGGCUGCUCAGCGGUGGUGGCGCUUGCAGAAAGCAUGACGUCAUCCAUAGCAGCCGCUAGCCUACCCUUUCUGCCAAAACAAAGAGGAAAAUAAGAUACAUUUGCAACGCCAGUGGAAGCGUCACUCGACGACAGCCUCGUCUGCUGUCUGAGUAGCCAAGGUCACAGAGAGAGGGAAGAGGUCCGGGAGGGGCGUCCGUCCGUCUGUCCGUCGCCUGCCUGUGUGAAUGGCGGAUGGGGAAGCCGCUGUGGCCGUGGAGACGGAGCCAGCGGUGAUGGAGCUGUAAGCCAAAUACAGACGCCCAUUCAUCGGCUCCGUUUGUAUGUUGUCACUUUAAUCGGACGUCCAUCUCUUCUGAAUAUGGAUCCAGAGAAGACGUUGACGUUUUGUCUUGGGCUCAAGGCUGAGGAGAUGACAAUAUCCUUGAAAGGCUUGGAUGGCACUGAGGCUUCCACGGUGCCUGUUCCCCAAAAGGAAGCUGAUCUACCUACGGUUCACAAGGUGGUGAAGCACAAUGGGAGCUCUGGUAGCCAGCCUGUUGUCAGUCCCAAGUACUGUCCUGGUGUAAACAACAAUCCAGGUUAUCUUUGUGAAACUGGACACUGCUGUGGAGAGACGGGCUGCUGUACCUACUAUUAUGAACUCUGGUGGUUCUGGCUGCUGUGGACCAUGCUGAUCCUUUUCAGUUGUUUCUGUGCUUACCGCCAUCGCCGGGCCAAGCUGCGGAUCCAGCAGCAGCAGAGACAGAGGGAAAUCAAUCUUAUUGCCUAUAACGGAGCCUGCAACUACCCGUCCUCCAUGCUGGAUCUCAGCUUUCUUGCCUCCUUCAAGUUGCCCUCUUAUGAGGAGGUGGCAGCACAGCCCACCACACCUCCUCCACCUUACAGCUCUGUCUUCGCCCUGCAGGGAGGUGCCAUGCUAGGUCCAAGCUCCUCGCACCCCCAUUAUCACCCCUAUCACAACCCACACCCCCUCCAAAGUCACCCCUGCCCUCCAUACCUGGGCCCCGGUCCCAGCAGCUUCACCUCAUCCCAGAGCUCUGACAACUAUACCAGCUGCUCAUGCGAGUCCUGCUCCCUCACCUCCCCCUGCAGCACCUCCUUCUCUGUCCAAGUGACGGACGAGACGUAUGAUAGCAGCCGCAUGUCCACGCCUAGUGAGGUAGGGGGUGACUGCCCCCUCUUGCCCAGGGUGGGGGCCGCCCGCAUGUCAACACCCUCGUCCUUGACACCGUCACAGGUUCCGCCGGAUGUUAUACCAUCGGUCACCCUGGAUGUCAUUACCAGUCAUGCCUCCAACAGCAAUGCCGGGGUGUCACGCCCAGCUGCUCCACUCUCACUUCCCCUACCCCACCUAAAUAGCUAUCAAUCCUCACAUCACCCUUGCCCUCCUCUGUCACCCCUAAUUCUGCUAUCUUCCCUUCCUACUGGUCAAGUUCAAAGUCUCGUCUUCUCAGACCCCCUUGGUGCCACACUCAUGGUGAAAGAAAAAGAGGAGGAAGCCCCACUUCGCAGCCCAGCCCCCUGUUCCACCCCGUCCCCCUUUCAACAGGCUAUUGCAAAUAUGUCAGCUACAGUGCACCCUACGGAGGAAAGUCACGCAAGAGAAGAAGAGGAUGAGGACGAAGAGGAUGACGAGGAGGAUCACUUCAGCCACAGACGCCUGACGGGAGACUCUGGCAUUGAGGUUUGUCGAUGCCACGUGAAGCGAGGAGAACAAGAGGAGGAGGCAAUUAAGGAGAGGAGAGAGAGCAUGGACAGCUCCCUUCAAGCCAAGGAGGCGGUUCUUUCACCCCUGCAUGACAACUGUGCCCAACAGCAUGACCUCGCCCCCUCCGCCCACAAGACAGGCGACACCAUGGUUGCUAUGGAGUCCUCGUAGUCGGGCAGGCCAAAAAACAGAAAAAAGUGAGGUGUUUACUGUUCUUGUCAUCCUUGUGCAUCAGUGCUGGUAGGUGAAAAGUUGAGUCACUGAAGUGAAAGUCUUGCAGGGCUUUUUGGCCACAAGUUGAAUGUCAACAUUUAUCUCCUCUUGUUUUCACCUUCACCCAAAGGUGAACGUCGAGGAGAAUGUAGAACUUGAAGGUCAUGAUUUCAACCUGCACAAAGGGAGAUGAUGUUGGUUAGUUACACAAAAACAGUUUUAUGAGGGAUGUCACGUGCCGACAUUAUGGUAAGAAUCUGGCUAACGGUGCAUUGACGGAAUUUAUUUAUUUAUUUGCUAUCGUGGCCAUUAGAGUUGCCCCUGUCCCACAAUUAAAAUUCUACAGUCCCCUCCGCCCAUUCAGUUCAGUCAGUACCAGUAUCAGUACCUUUUCACAAUGUCCACAGGGUCGCUUACGAAUAUUGACGCAAACACAUGCACAAGUGCAGCCAAGUCAACUGUAAUGGGCCCACUGUGUGUGUGUGUGUGUGUGUGUGUGUGUGUCUGGGGGGCAGAGCAUAGCUUGCUGUAUUGCAAUCGCUCCUGCACAGUUACAUUUCACAAAAUUACAUAAUAGAAAAACUCCCAAAAAAAUUCACAAAGUCAAAAUGACUUGUCUUUCAUAAAUCGCUCCUCUUAACACAGUAGAGCAGAUGACAAACUUGCUGCCAUGUAAAUAACGGUUUGAUAUGAAAGGUCUCCUUAAAUUAGUUGUGAUCAGUUCAGAAAAUCUAAAUAAAAUAAAAAUAAAAUUAACUGGACCUUCUUGAAGGUGGGCCAUGCAAUACCUGUCAGCUGUCCUGUUUUCUCCAGAAAAUUUCCGGUAUUGCCAGAGCAACACAGCUUCCGGUCCACACGGCAGCAUACGCAUAAUGCACCCUGUAGCCACUGAAGUCCUGACCUUCAAAAAAAAAACAUGCCGUUCAAAUAGCACAGACGCAAACAAAAAAACUAAGCCAAAACCAAUCAUCUGAUUGACUUGCUGUGGUUGAAAGUGGAACACACACAAUCAGUCAGGUCUUUACACAUCCCUCGGCUGGAAGAUUUUUCUUUGGGCGUGGGUGGGGUGCCGGUCGAAAUUCUGGUGGAAAGACUAGAAUUUUUGCAUCAUUGUUGCCGUCUUGGCAAGGUCAUGCUUGUAAAAGAUUUUUUUAAUCUAAAUUAGGCUUAUCUGGUUAAAUAUUAUUUAAAAUUAUUAUUUUAUGAAAAAAGGCCCCUUAUUUUCAAAUGCAAGUGCUGACAGGUAUGGGGUGAUUGCCCACUAAUCUAACAGUCCCAGUGGUGAAAAAUACAUCAGUAGUGAUGAGCAUUUAUAUUUUGUUGUUGGACAAUAGGGAAAAUUAACAAUGAAUUAGUUGUUAUUUUUAUAAAAUUGGGACAAUCCCUCUCCGAAUGUUCUGAGCUCCCGUGUCGUAUUGAGCAGAAUAAUGCUGUGUGGAGGUCUGUGUGGGUGCAGCUCAACUUCCCAUAGCUGACGUCAUGUGCUUCUUUGGACAGCAAGCUAGACUCAGUCAACAGCGCCGCUGCUGGUUGUUCAAGUAGUUUUCUCAUUUUUGCCUCAAAUUUUUUUUGUGACAUCCCUACAAUACAUUGAGUGGUUCUUUUUCAAAAUAGUCGCUCUUCUCAAAGGUGUAAAAAUUUACAUGUGACCCAUACAGAGGGGUGUUGCUCUCACCAUGUUAACUUAGCCAAAAAGAUACCUCUGAUACUGAUUUCAAGAAGGUGUUGUAGUUGUAUAUGUUGUGUUAAAUUUGUGCAAAGAUUCGUAUUAGUAUUAUGCGAACAUGUUAACACAAUUCCGACUGUUACAUAGUUAGACUGUACAAUUAACAUACACCGGUUCUCAUAUUUUUCAAGGCUGUUACUGUUAGAGGUAAUGUUUAGCUGAUUCCUCACAAUGAUAAUGAAUGUAAAAGCAUUGCAGUGCUUAUGGACAUUUUUACAGCACGAUAGUGGAAAGACAACCACUGGAGAAUGUAAAGUAACGAGGCAAUACAAGCUCUGACAAGACAUUUGAUGUUUUUGAGUGUUCACUUUGUGUUGAAUGUCAAAUGUGCAAAAUAGUCACAGUUAAAAAUUUGUUUUAUUUGUUAUAUUUUAACUGUGGCUAUUCUCCGUUUCAGCCUGGACUGAACUAGACUGAGACUGGGUUUUUUUGUACCUCAAGUCAUAAAUUGUCUAGUUUUACUCUACAAGACAGUCGCCCAUGGAGAGUGCCUACCUUGGUGGGAGGGAUUCACUGAAGUACACCCGAGUAUUUAGGGACGGUACUCUGUCCUGGUCUCUAGCACACAUGUACACAGAAUAUAUUUGAGCAUAGGUAUAGAAAACAUAACUGUGCAUUAGUGUGCCACUGUAGUUACUAUGAGAGAAACACAGCUACAAGAUGCCGCUUUUGACUUCAUUGUGGCAGAUUUUAUCCCCUGAAAGUGACGUUUUUGACUCUUGUAUAGCUCUUUAGCAGGAGCAAUGUGAAAACAUGAGACAAAUCAUGAAUGACUGUUAUAGUUGUGGUUACAAAAAGGCUUUUUUUGACACCCUGUGACCUGAAGGUGUGUCUCGGGGGUUGGGUCCAGAAGUAUUUGGACAAUGACACCAGUGUUUUAUGAUUUUGCCAUUAUACACCUGCACAAAGGAGAAACAUAACAAUCAACAUGUGAUUUUGGUGUAGACGUUCAGCUUUAAUUUAUAAAAAUAUGUAAUUUACCACUUGAAUUAUAGCCAUCUCACACCACCAGGUUUAGCACAUGAUGUGGUAUGCAUUGGAUGAUUUCCUUCUGCGUGCAACUCUCAUCCUGUCAUUCUGAUAUAGGUUGAUCUUAGUUUCUUCAGUCAAAGAAUCGUGAUUCUAGAACUUGACAGGCUUUUUAUUUAUUUUUAUUUAAUAUUUUUAAUUCUAAAAAUGAUUUUUAAUUCUUCUGUACCUUGUUGUAAACAAUCUGCAUUUACAUCUAUGAAAUAAUUCUUUGAUUUUAGAUUUUGACAGCCUUGUGAGCCACUAACUAACGAUUAUUUUCUUAGUUGAUUAAUUUGAAGCUUGUUUCGAUUAAUAGAGUAAUUGGUUAGGGCCUAGACCAGGGGUCGGCAACCUGUGACUCUUCAGCCACCUUUUUGCGGUUCCCUCCACUGAGCUCUGUGAUUUUUUUUUAACACCGAAGUGAAGGAAAUGUGCAGUUUCGAAAAGCGUUUGAAAUAUCCAACUCACGCUAAGUCAGUUAAUGCAUCUAGACUGUGUUAUGACUGCUGAUUGGAUGAGCAAGGGAAGGGGGAGGUGCGCCAGUGUGCGCAAUCAGUGUGAGUGUGAUACCCCCGCAUAAGGUAUCCAUAACCAUGAGUACGUCCCUAAAAAGGAAAAGAAAGAAAAGGGGGAGUUAAAAUUAGAAUGGGCAUAUUACCUUGCCUUCACUGCCAUUGGCUCUAACUUACCCUAGUGCUUGAUAUGUGGCAAGAAAUUAGCAAACAACAAAAAAAGUAAAGACAUUUUCAAAAUAAGCACUCAGCUUUUUCUGAAAAGCACCCAAAAGCAGAUGGGUGAAAGGGAGGUCGACGGAAGGUUGAGCAGAGCAAGCAUACUUUGAAGAAGUGGAUGAACACACCAAAUUCAACUAUAGCUGCACAUGAGCUCGUAAGGUGGAGGAAGCCGUCCACAGAGCAUAUCAGAGCAUCAAUUCUCCAAAUUCUAAAACAGAAAAUGAAAGAAAUGCCUCUCUGCAAAUACAGUUAAUGACAGGACCAAUAGAAUGGCAACAAACAUCACCAGUAGGCAAAUUGAUGACAAUUCACAGCAAGCAUAUUCAGUUUCCUGUGAUGAGUCAAGUGGUAAGUAAAUGAUAUUGAGCAGACAGCACUGUUACUGUAUGCAGACGUGUAUGUUAAAGUUGGCUAGUCUUUGUUUAGUUUUAUAUAAAUAUGGGAAAAAUUCAAAAAGGCCUACAUAGCUCAGUUUAUAAAUUACUUCAAAGUAGGCCUACACAUGCACUCUGCACUUCUUUUAGUUGAAUUCUGUUGUUUUAACAGGUACAAUUGUAAAGAAAGAUUACAACUUUUAAAAGUUUAUAAAGUCUGUAUUGUUAUGCGGCUCCAGACUGUUUUUCUUUACUGGAAGAGGAGGCAAAAUGGCUCUUUUAAUAGUAAAAGUUGACUACCCCUACCCUAGAGAGACCAAAUAAAUAGGAACACAUGGUCUGCAACAUAUCAGAAAAGAGGCAGAAGUGUUGAUCACUGUUGUUGAUAUGUGUGAAUAGCUUGUUUUGCCUAAAACACAAAGGCCUGUUUUCAUGGAUUACUAAUGAAAUAAAAAAAUUCACAUUUGACAAGCUGAUAUCAGAAUAGUUACAUUUUUAAAUGAAAAACAAUCGAAUACCAAAAUAGUUGUUGAUUAAUUGGAUAAUUAAUUAAUCAUCAAUUCAUCAAUUACUUAUUGCAACUCUUGAGUCAGUUGUCCAGCUUUUCAUUAAAGAGCUGCAAUUCCUAAACAGUAAAUGCCAUAUUUUUACACGUCAACCACGUUGAUUUUUUUAGCUCAACAUUCAUUAUGGUGGUGUGUAAAGGAAAAAUCAUAAAGACUUUCCGAAUACCUAAAAUAGGUAUUGUUUUAUCUUGCAUCCCUUGUGGUGCAUUAAGGCAAAAUCAUAGACUGUCUAAAUACUUCUUAAUGUAAUUGUAUGUUCAUCCGAACCUAUAAAGGUAUACACCCUGUACAUAUCCCCUCUCCCUUAAAUGAUUAUUUUAUUGAUUAGCAUUAGCUGAUAUGUGAUUUAAAACAGCCUGUGGUGCCUAGAUGAACACGUUAGGCAUACUACAUUUUCUUGCUGCUACACAAGCGUGUGGUUUUGUACAUUUGUGUAUCGUCGUACAUGAAAUUUUAGCCGUGCGUAAGCAGUCUCUUUUUAAAAAAAGACUCACUGUACGUAGUACAGUACAGUACAUGGGAGACUUGUGAAAGUAGUACUUAGCAAUAGUGUUCACAAUUUAUUUCCUGACUCGAGGGGAUGCUGGUUGAUAGGAAACUUGUGAAAAAUACUUUUACCUCUUUAUUAUUGAGCCGUGAGCUGUGCUGGGCAAAGGCCCUUGUUGAUUGUACAUACAGUAAAAGCAUUUUAAUGCCUUUGGCUUUAAGGCUUCUCCCAAGUGCAAACAACAAAAGCAAAUCUUUUCAUAUAAGUGAAGUUAGUGGCCUUCAUGUGUUACCAUUAUUUGUGUCAGUUCAAAUAUAAAAAUUAAUAUACUAGGUGACCCAGAUUCCUUUAUUACAAGCCAUGUUUUUGCUUGUGUAUAUGUUGCAUUGUGAUUAUCAAGAGGUCAGACAUAAUUUUAUACAAACAAGAAUGACUAUUUAUGCCAGGUUGGGGGAAAAACAUUUACUUGAGGAGAAUUAGUAUGGACAUUUUUAGGCCCCCACAAGUGCAAUAGAAAUUGCAAAUAAAUGUUUUUCUCCUACAUUUUCUCAAAUGUAAGACUAUGUAAGAAAACUUUUUGCUGACAUCCUUGCCUAAAACUCAUGCUGUGUGAAUGCAUGUUUUUGUAUGCUGCGCUGUAAAAGGUACCUUUAUGUAAAGAAGCUCAAAAUGUCCUCAUUAUGGAGACCUAUCAAUCUUUAAAACUACAGAUUGCGUGCCCCACAUAAUCUUGGGGGGGUGUCAUGCCCUUGAAUAAACCUUUUUUUUUUAAACUGUGAAAGAUAUCACCAUGUGCCGCUCUGUAGUUUCCUCAAAACAUCUAUAAAAAUAAGCCUGUCGUCCUCUGCUUUUAUAGGAGCCGGACCUCACCUGAUACACUGUCCAGUUGAGUAAAUAAAAGGUGCACCCCUAAUCACGGUGGCCGAGAAGUGCAAAUGACAAACUGUGCAACAAUAACCUUUCAGAAAACAAGUUAACACUUCAGAAAACAAAUGAUAAAUUCAGGAAACACAUUAACAAAAGGCAAAACAAAUGAGAAUUUUAGGAAACACAUGAACAAAAACCUAAAACAAAUUAUAAUUUCAGAAAACACAUUAACAAAAGACAAAACAAGUUACAAUCACAAAAAUUGGAAAGGGAAAUAUACCAAAGCCCAGAUUGACGGAAAUGAAGGCCAAUAACGGUUCAUGUCAUUGAAAGGAUUAGCUCCAAACGUGCGAAAAUGAGUGAGCAUGGUGUGUUGAAUAAAGAGGUGAAAUAGUUGAAAAAAACGCGAUCAAACAGCAGUGAACGCUUAUGUUCCGCGUCACACAUAAUGAAUGUAUCAGAUGAAAAUCACCAGCAUGGAUGUUCCUCCGUUUAAUCUUACUGUGAAACGUACACCGUAUACGCAUUACACAUAAAUAACACAUCAAUUAAACUGAACAACGUGUUUGUUUUCUGAAAUGUUUUGCACUUCCAGGCAGCAACGGAAAGGGAAUGUACCAAAUCCCCAUGCCCGAUUGGUCGAAACGUUAUCACUUCCUGUAAAUUUGGGAUUUGAUACAUACCACCUUCCAGUUUGGGUAAUUGUAAUCGUUUUGUUGUUUGUUGAAGUGUUUUGCACUUCUCGGCUAAAUGGAUGCCUACACACACACACACACACACCAGGUGGUGUCCCGACAUACUGUACCUUUAAAUAAACAAGACUAGCCUACUCUAUGUGUUAACAAAAAAACAACUAAAAUACAUUAUAUCUGAAUAACUUGUCAUUAUUUGAGUUAUUCAUUAUUUAAAACAGGUAUUUAACAGUUAGGAAAGAAACCAGAAUUUAUAUACUUUGACAUAGCCACUGUGACGUUUUUCUACAUUUUUGUAAAUGUUUGCCCAAUGACAUAGAUAGGAAAUGCUAGAUUUGUCAAAAUUUCAAAUUUAUGAACGCAAGUUUGCACUUUGACCCUGACUCCCAACAUAAUGGCAACACAUGAUGGCCAUCAAAGUUGAUUUGACACUAAAGCAGAGCAGGUCGUCUAUAUGUAGAACAAGUUGAAUACAUGCUUUGCUUUUCUGCAGGUAUUUAUAAACAAAAACGCCCAAACUUUGCCCUUAUUGUCACCCAUAGGCUAAGGCCUGGUUUAAGACUGUUACACUGCUGAGUUUGGACUGCAAAGGACUGUUUACGUCUCCUUAUCAAAAUAGUAUUUCCUAUCUAUUUUUUACUUUUGUGAAGCAGGGAAUCGCAGACUUGAUAAGGCCUAAUGCCAGGAAUAAUAAUUUAAAAAAAACAUGACUUGUUUAUUCAGGAUCUCAUGUUGGUACUUUGAGAAGCAGCACUCGUUCUUGUGUUUAGAACCAAGCAGGAUUCGUAUACUGUAUGUGACUGUAUGGAAUAGUGUCAAUGAAUAUGUCUACACAUUGUGGUGUUCUUUUAGAAUAUAUCUUUGUGCAAUUUUACCUCUGCCGCUCUUCAGUGUGUCGUAAGCAUGUGUGAGAGACUUACUGUUGUAGUGCAGUUAAAACAUUGUUGCUUAUUAUGAGGCCAAAGUUGUCUUUUAUUUGUCAACAUUAUAGUCUAUAUGAGCAUCUGGGCAUGUUGGUGUCUGGACAAUAUCAAUAUCAUGACUAACAAUGGUUUGAAAUGUCAGUGUAUUACAGAGACAUCUCUGGUGCGUAUUCUCACAUUUUCAUAUAUUUGUAUAUUUAUUGGGUGCUGUUUUCCAGGUGAUGGGGUAGAAUUUUAAUUUCUUCCACCCCUGUUUUUUUUUCAUUGCUGCUUCUGGAAGUCUUAUCUUGUUGGAUAUGGACACCUGCGCUACAUUCAAUAAAGACUGUGGAUUUGGUGACAAAUUAAACUUAAUUGAGCUAGCAAACAUGCGUCUCUACUUACUUAAGACAAAUAUAGUGCUUAUUUUGGUAAAUAUUUUGUGUCUACACCCACUUUGAAAGCUGCACCCUAGCCGCAGUAAAAAAAAAAAAAUCCUGAUUCCCAAAAUGGCUGAACCAAGUCUUGUUAUUUUAGUGUUGUGUCUUUAAAAGGUGUGUCCCAUUAGUGUUCCUUGUUAAACAUGACAAGAUUAAGCAUACCUUCUAGAAAUAGAAACUCGGAAGCUCUCUGUAAACCCUCUGUAAAUCAGUGUGCAGGUUUAUUCAGAUUAUGAAUCUGAAGGAAAAUACACCUUUGAAUAUCGAGCGCUUUAUACUAGAAAGAAGGGUUAGAUUUGAUUAGAAUUAUACUAGAAUGUAUCCUAAAUUAUUUAUAAUUGUAAAAGUACAGAACCAAACUUUGUAAAUCCAGUAUUAAAUAUAAAAGAUGAAAGCAGGUGUCAAACACAAAAAGUCUACUUCUAUUUCUUGCAUAGGCUUUAAGACUGUAUCCACCGAGGGAUGCAUACUGAAAAAUCAAAGGAUGUGGGGGCCACUUUUACAUUUUUUAAACCAACCCAUGUAGAUAUUUAAAGACAUUUUUAUAUGUAAAGAAAAAACAGGCUGCAUCUCAGCUUUGUGUUAUCAGUAACAAAGCAUAUUAUGAGUAUGAACGUUUUCUCCUUACUUUACACUUUUAAAAAAAAAAAAAAAAUUGUAAAUAUUUCACCUUUCUUCUUCUAUGUUUCUUCCUGUAAUUGUAUGGCUUUACUCUCAUAAUAUUUUAACUUUAUUAUCUUAAUACUAUAACUUUUUCCCAAAUUAAUUUUCCAAAAAAUUGCAACUUUUUCUUUUGUUUCUCAUUUCUUUUUUCUCUCUUUUUUUCCUUAAAUUUUUCCAUUUCAUGCUAUUUUUUCUCUUAAUAUUAUUAUGACUUUACUCUCUUAAUAGUUCAUCCUUAUUCUUGUAAAAUGACUUUUUGCUGUUGUUUUUUUAGUUUCCCGUGUGGAAGGCUGUGAAUGGCCCUGGGUAGCAUUUUGGAUAGCCUUGUUUUAAGAGAAUUCCAGACCCCAAUUCAUCGCUGGGUGUGUCAUCUACUACGUGCAAAUGAAUAAAUAAAAGCCAUUCCUCAUAUAAAUGCCUGUUCUUCCCAUCAGGAAUUGGUUACUUGAGAAAAUGAUAAGUUAAGAUACAAUAAUGUUUAUUGCCAUAUGCACAGGAAGAAAAUAAGUUUCCCCUUACAAUUCAAUUUUUCCUUAGCUAGUAACACACGCUAACAUAAGACAUAAUAUAAAAGGUGAAAACGAGAGCAGUAUACAGUAAGAGUGGCAGUACUAUAAAAGUAAAACAAAAUAAAGAAUAACUGUUCAAUAAAAACAAACAACACAGAAAAAUCUAAUGAACAGGGCAGAAAUAUAAAUUAUUAUAUAUCACGCAUUGGUCUCUCUAAAAAAGGGACGAAAAAUUGCAUGCUGACAUCCAUCCAUCCAUUUUCUAUACCGCUUCUUCCUCAUUAGGGUCGCAGGGGCAUGCUGGAGCCUAUCCCAGCUGACUUUGGGCGACAGGGUACACCCUGGACUGGUCGCCAGCCAAUCGCAGGGCACAUAUAGACAAACAACAAACAACCAUUCACACUCGCAUUCAUACCUAUGGACAAUUUAGAGUCGCCAAUUAACCUCACCUGCAUGUUUUUGGAAUGUGGGAGGAAGCCGGAGUACCCGGAGAAAACCCACGCGCAAACAUGCAAACUCCACACAGAAAUGCCCAGGGCAGAAUUGAACCC